CAGCCACAGCUGGUUCAUUUCUCUCCUCUUCAUCACUGUGGCUGCUACUGCAAGUUGUCCAUCCCCUCUCCAAUCAUAAUCCUGUCCAGCAGCGAAGCACCACACGUCCUCCCAACCAUUUGUCUGAUCCUUUUAUAAUCGUAAACGACCGGACCGGGCCAAGUAAUAUGUAUCCUUCUCAAUGCGUCCUCGUCAGUGAACCACACAUUUUCCAUGCGUUCUGAUCAUCAAUGGCGGCCUCCUCCGUCUCCAUACGCUUCCUGCCAUGCGUCCUCCUCCUCGUCGUCGUGGUCGUCUCCCUCGACGGCGGCUCGGCCGGCGACUUGGGUAACAAGGGUGACGGUGGGAUGAUGGAGCGGUUCCAGCGGUGGAAGGCAGAGUACAACAAGUCCUACGCGACGGCCGAGGAGGAGCGGCGCCGGUUCCAGGUGUACACGCGCAACGUGCGGUACAUCGAGGACACCAACGGCGAGGCCGAGGCGGCCGGCCUCACGUACGAGCUCGGCGAGACGGCCUACACCGACCUCACCAACCAGGAGUUCAUGGCCAUGUACACGGCGCAGCUGCCGCUGCCGCUGCCAGACGACGAGGACGACGUCGCGAUGAUCACCACGCGCGCGGGGCCGGUUGACGCCACCGGGGGCGCGGCGAGCCAGCUGCCGGUGUACGUGAACCUGUCCACCGGUGCGCCGGCGAGCGUGGACUGGCGGACCAGCGGCGCAGUGACGGCGGUGAAGAACCAAGGCCGAUGUGGGUCGUGCUGGGCCUUCUCGACGGUGGCGGUGGUGGAAGGGAUCCAGCAGAUCCGGACGGGGAAGCUGGUGUCCCUGUCGGAGCAGGAGCUGGUGGACUGCGACACGCUGGACCACGGCUGCGACGGCGGCAUCAGCUACCGCGCGCUGCAGUGGAUCACCUCCAACGGCGGCAUCACCACGCGGGACGACUACCCGUACACCGGCGAGACUGGCACGUGCGACCGCAGCAAGCUCUCCCACAACGCGGUCACCAUCGCUGGGUUCCGGCGCGUGGCGACCCGGAGCGAGGCGUCGCUGGCGAACGCGGUGGCAGGGCAGCCGGUGGCCGUGUCCAUCGAGGCCGGCGGCGACAACUUCCAGCACUACAAGAAAGGCGUGUACAACGGACCGUGCGGGACCAAGCUGAACCACGGCGUCACCGUCGUCGGGUACGGGCAGGAGCCGGCCGGCGCGGGCAGGUACUGGAUCGUGAAGAACUCGUGGGGCGAUGGGUGGGGCGACCAUGGCUACAUCAAGAUGAGGAAGGACGUCGCCGGCAAGCCGGAGGGGCUCUGCGGCAUCGCCAUCCGCCCUUCCUACCCACUCAUGUGACAUGAACAUUGAUCUUUUUCCUUCUUCUUUAGUCAACUUACGAUCGAGUCAACAAAAUUGUAUCGUUUUUUGCAUGGAAAAAAAUUGUAUCUUUGUUGCUGUUACGUGUAAAUUUAAACUUACUCUUGUGUGAAA